AGGAAGACGAUGUUGGGGACGAGAAUAAAGCCCGAGGGAACUGGUCUAGCAAGCUGGAUUUCAUCCUCUCCAUGGUGGGUUAUGCAGUGGGGCUGGGCAAUGUCUGGAGGUUCCCGUACCUGGCCUUUAAGAAUGGGGGAGGUGCGUUUCUCAUCCCCUAUUUGAUGAUGUUGGCUCUAGCUGGGAUUCCCAUUUUCUUCCUGGAAGUCUCCCUGGGGCAGUUUGCUAGUCAGGGCCCCGUGUCGGUCUGGAAAGCCAUCCCCGCCUUGCAAGGCUGCGGCAUCGCCAUGCUGAUCAUCUCGGUCCUGAUAGCCAUAUAUUACAAUAUUAUUCUGUGCUACACACUUUUCUACCUUUUCGCCUCCUUUGUGCCCGUGCUCCCCUGGGCUUCCUGUAACAACCCCUGGAACACGCCAGACUGUAAAGAUAAAAACAAACUUUUGCUAGAUUCCUGCAUUAUUGGCGACCACCCAAAAAUACAAAUCAAGAACUCUACUUUCUGUAUGAGUGCCUAUCCAAACCUAACCAUGGUUAACUUCACCAGGGAAGGAAACAAAACAUUUGUCAGUGGGAGUGAAGAAUACUUCAAGUACUUUGUAUUGAAGAUUUCAGCAGGGAUUGAAUAUCCUGGUGAAAUUAGAUGGCCCUUGGCACUAUCUCUUUUCCUAGCUUGGGUGAUUGUUUAUGCCUCCCUUGCCAAAGGAAUCAAGUCAUCAGGAAAAGUUGUGUACUUCACAGCUACAUUCCCCUACGUAGUUCUCAUCAUCCUUCUGAUAAGAGGAGUAACUCUACCUGGAGCUGGAGAUGGGAUCUGGUACUUCAUCACACCCAAGUGGGAGAAGCUGAUUGAUGCUAUGGUUUGGAAGGAUGCUGCUACUCAGAUUUUCUUUUCCUUGUCUGCAGCAUGGGGAGGUCUAAUUACCCUCUCUUCAUACAACAAAUUCCAUAACAACUGCUACAGGGACACAUUGAUAGUCACAUGUACCAACAGUGCCACAAGUAUAUUUGCAGGCUUUGUCAUCUUCUCAGUUAUUGGCUUCAUGGCAAACGAGCUCAAAGUGAAUAUUGAAGCUGUGGCAGACCAAGGUCCUGGGAUUGCUUUUGUGGUUUACCCAGAAGCCUUAACUAGGCUGCCCCUCUCUCCCUUCUGGGCUAUAAUUUUCUUUUUGAUGCUUCUAACUCUUGGAUUAGACACUAUGUUUGCCACCAUUGAGACUAUCGUGACCUCUGUGUCAGAUGAAUUCCCCAAGUACUUACGUACGCACAAGGCACUGUUCACUCUUGGGUGCUGUGUGUCCUUCUUCAUCAUGGGAUUUCCUAUGAUCACUCAGGGUGGGAUGUAUAUGUUACAGCUUGUGGACACUUACGCAGCCUCUUACUCUCUUGUCAUUAUUGCCAUCUUUGAGCUUGUUGGAGUUUCCUAUAUCUAUGGAUUGCAAAGAUUUUGUGAAGAUAUAGAAAUGAUGAUUGGAUUCCAGCCAAGUAAAUUCUGGAGAGUCUGUUGGGCAUUUGUGACCCCAACUAUUUUAACAUUUAUUCUCUGCUUCAGUUUUUACCAGUGGGAACCCAUGACUUACGGAGCUUACCACUACCCAGGCUGGUCCAUGGUGCUCGGGUGGCUGAUGCUGGCCUGCUCAGUCAUCUGGAUCCCAGUUAUGUUUGUGAUAAAAAUGCAUCUAGCCCCCGGCAAAUUUAUUGAGCGGCUCAAGCUGGUGUGCUCUCCACAGCCUGACUGGGGUCCAUUUCUCGCAAAGCACCGUGGUGAGCGUUACAGGAACAUGAUUGAUCCACUGGGAACCUCCUCUCUGGGACUUAAACUGCCAGUGAAGGAUAUGGAAUUAGGAACCCAAUGCUAG